UACUCUUUGUUCUCAACGCGGGCCAUGUUCUACGUCGUUUGUGUCUUUCAGCAUAGGUGAAACGCAAUUGUAAAUGUGGUUUCCGUUCGAUGGUGACACGUACUGGAUUUAGAAGUGUCAUUUGGGAAUAUUAUUGCGAUACCUGAGCACAAUUAGAUGAUUUAAAUCGUCGUCGUCGUGGAAUAAGAUGGCGACCGGCGCCCCUCUGCGACUGAUCUUCUGGUGAGUGGGGAGAGGCCAGAAUCGGUAUGAGGGCGGCGUCAUCCUGCGGCUCGACCAAUCGGGUUGCAGAAAGACGCACCGAAAGCCCGCGUUUGUUGCGCAUUGGCCAAUCGCCGCCCCAGCUUUGCAUAGGUUGACGUAAUUCAAGACCUUUCAGUUUAGAGGCCCUUUCAACGUCCUUGCAAAAAUGUCUGCUAGCUCAUAAUCACGAAGAAGGGACGUGAACACGAUAAGGGGGAGGAAAAGUCCACAAAGACUUUGUGUUCUUCCCUUUACAGUAAAGAAUUGCUUUAAUGCUUUCUUCUUUAAGGGUGCAGUGAAGCUGACUUGCAACGCGAAGAGCCAAUCGCAACUCAAAGGGCGGGGACGUUUUCAGCACGCGUAGCCAAUAGGGUGCGUCGUGGGUUUAUAAAGGACCUGGCGUAACUAAGCAAGCGCCAUUUCCACGAAGCAGGAGGAAGUUUAUGUCGCUGCUGGAGAAACCGAUUAAAAAAAAAAAACACGGGAAGCGGAACACAACCGGAUACUGGCUCGAAUAUAGCAAAACGCAAUCCGGAUCCAUCCCGAUGGAUAUGGCCGUUAACCCGCUGAUUGACAGCUCCCACGGUGGGCUGGAUGUCGGCCUAAUGGGGCUCACGGCACUGGAGCAGAAUUCCGGCCCGGCUGGAAAAAGAAUCCGGAAGCCGUCUCUGCUCUAUGAAGGCUUUGAAAGCCCGGGGAUGCAACUACACAACCAGGCCCCCGGGCACCCGCAGUCCCUGACAAAAGAGUCUGGCCGACAGGGGAAGAUGACCAACCAGCUGCAGUUCCUUCAGAAGGUUGUGCUCAAGUCGCUGUGGCGUCACCAUUUUGCGUGGCCCUUCCACGAGCCAGUCGACGCCGUCAAGCUCAACCUGCCUGAUUAUCACAAGAUCAUCAAAGUCCCAAUGGACUUGGGCACCAUCAAGAGGAGGCUUGAGAACAACUAUUACUACAGUGCCAGCGAAUGCAUGCAGGACUUCAACACCAUGUUUACCAACUGCUACAUUUACAAUAAGCCGUCAGACGACAUUGUCUUAAUGGCCCAGUCACUGGAGAAAGCGUUUCUACAGAAAGUGGCGCAGAUGCCCCCCGAGGAAGUGGACUUGAGCCCUCCUCCGCCACGCAGCAGACCCAUCAAAGCGGGAAAGAGGGGCAGAGGAAGUAUGGCCUCCGGCGGCAUCACCACCGCCCACCAGGUGCCCGCCGUCUCACAGUCUGUGUACUCGCCGACCACCCCGGAGACCCCUGAAACCAUCUUGUCCACCCUGCCGAAAGCCAUCAUGACCAAGAGUUUGUCCCUCACGCUCCCUAGUGAGCACGGCAUCCCCCAAAUGACCAGCCUGCCGCCCACACAGCCCACCACCAAGAAAAAAGGCGUGAAGAGGAAAGCCGACACGACCACCCCUACCACGGUGGCCAUGCCCAUCAUGAGCUCCAUGAACGUUGCCGGCAUGGGCUUAGGCCUGGGCAGAGGGCACGACUCGCCGCUCACCCUCACCGCGCUUGGAGUAGAGCACGACACAGGCCUGAGCCUUGGCCAAAGUCUAGGCCUGAGCCAGGGUCUGGGUCUCAACCAAGCCAUGGGUAUAAAUGCGGAUCACGGACAGGUCCUGCUGGGUGGCAAAGCACCCGGAGGCUGCAGGAGAGGAGUAAGCGGGCGGCCCAUCAAGCCCCCCAAGAAGGAUCUGCCCGACUCCAUCUUGCCAACGCCGGUGCGUCGCAGCAAGCUAACGCCGCAGCUGCGCUACUGUAGCGGUGUCCUGAAGGAGCUUCUGUCAAAGAAGCACGCCGCCUACGCCUGGCCUUUCUACAAGCCCGUGGACGCGUCCUCGCUUGGUCUCCACGACUACCACGAAAUCAUCAAACAGCCCAUGGACCUCAGCACUAUCAAGAGGAAGAUGGAUAGCAGAGAGUACGUGGACGCUCAGCAGUUUUCGGCAGACAUCAGGCUGAUGUUCUCCAACUGCUACAAGUACAACCCCCCCGAUCACGAUGUGGUUGCCAUGGCUCGAAAGCUCCAGGACGUUUUUGAGUUCUGCUUCGCCAAGAUGCCCGACGAGCAGCCGGCACCCCCGAGCUCCUCGUCGUCUUCCUCCUCGUCCUCUUCCUCUUCGUCCGAGAGCGAGCUGAGUACCGAGGAGAGCGAGAGCGAAAGCAGCCCCAGUUCGGACUCUGAAGAGGAGCGAGCCAACCGCUUGGCCGAGCUUCAGGAGCAGCUGAAAGCCGUCCACGAGCAGCUCACGGCACUCUCUCAGGGCCCCAUAGUGAAACCCAAGAAGAAGAAAGAAAAGAAGGACAAGAAGAAGAAAAAGAGGAAGGGUGAGAAGCACCAGAAGAUCGAAGAGGAGCUGGUGCCAAUCAAGCCCACCAAGCCCCCCAAAGUUAGCAAAACCCCCAAAAAUAAGAGCAAUAAGGCAAUGGGCCUUCCUAUGAUACCAAUCAAGAAGGGCCAGAACAAGAAAAACAACAAGAGCAAGUCUAAAAAGGGAGGCAUGAUGUUCAGCGUGCCGCCAGCCAUCCCAGAGCCUCUAAUACACCAUUUUGACUCGGACGAGGAGGAAGAAACUGCGCCCAUGUCGUACGAUGAGAAGCGUCAGCUCAGCCUGGACAUCAACAAGCUACCGGGCGAGAAGCUGGGUCGCGUGGUUUACAUCAUCCAGUCGCGAGAACCAUCCCUCCGAGACACCAACCCAGAGGAGAUCGAGAUCGACUUUGAGACGCUCAAGCCGUCCACGCUGCGAGAGCUGGAACGCUACGUCAUGACGUGCCUGAGGAAGAAGCCGCGCAAGCCUUACGCCAUCAAGAACAGUGCCGGAAAGUCACGUGAGGAGCUGGCGCUGGAGAAACAACUUGAACUGGAGAGAAGGCUAAUGGAUGUCAGCGGGCAGCUCAACUCUGGCAAGAAGCCCACCAAAGCCAAGCUGGAGAAACCAGCCACUGAGUCAAGCACUCAGCCGUCACGCCUCAGCGCCAGCAGCUCCUCCUCAGACUCUUCCUCAUCUUCCUCAUCAUCCUCCGACACCAGCGAAUCCGACUCUGGCUGAGAGGCCGAAGACUUUAUGAAUUUUUUCCUUUAUUUUAUACGAGGGGGCGGUCACCUUACCACAACCCCCUGUUGCUCCACUUCCCAGUGGACUGGACCAGAGCAGCCGGUCCAGCUGAGAGCCGGCGCCUUUAUUGGGCCGCAUGAGGAGAGGCCGGCAGGGGACUUAUUUUUGGGUCUGGGCAGGCAGGGUCUGAAUUGGGCCGAGUUCGGGAAGCUUCAUCGGGGGGGGAUGCAUUGCAUGUGUCAGGGGGAGUUUGGGUGUGCGAGCCAGAGUCCGUUCUACUUCUGGAGAUGAUUUCCCUUCUAACUGUGCUCGCUGUCUUGACGGUGUGUGUAGGUGUUCUGUACAGUUAUAGAACUUUUCUUUUAUAAAGAAGUAUUUUACUAUUCCCUUUUUGGGAAACAUCGACUGUUUGUCUUUACAUUAAUGCUCAAGAUGUUUGUCUUUACAUUAAUGCUUGAGAAGACAAACGUGUGCGUGCGUGCGUGCGUGGGUGUGUGUGUGUGACCUGCCGAAGUUCUCCAUAGUUUUGACGCAGGCGUUAAAAAGUGGGCAUGGCGCUCAAUCCGUGUGAAGUUUAAGUCCAAUGAGUGUUUUGGUUUUCCCUCCUUUCAAUUAUUUCUGUACACUCGAUUGCUCCUUGUGACCAAUUUGCUAAUAAAAAACAAAAGCAGAGAGGA